AUGAGGGAGAGGAGCUUGGUGUUGUGGACUACGGAGAUGUCUGGUUAUAUUCAAGCACUUUCACCUCAUGUUCAUGUAGAAGACUUUGAAUUAGGAAGAGUUGCUCAUACCUUGAUUGUGACAUACAGAAUGAUUGUGAAUGGAUUUCUUGGGAAUGCUGGAGACUUGAUGAAGUUUGCAUAUCUUUUGAGCAAGAAGAACGAGGUUGAUAUGGAUGCUAUGCUGGGAACUGCCUUAAUUGACAUGGCCUUUGAAAUCUUUUCUCAAAUAAUUUACCAGAACGUAUUUGUUUGUACUGCUACGAUAGCAGCAUAUUCCAUGGAGGGGCAUGCCCUGGAAGCAACAAGUCUUAACUUGGAAAUGGAGGAAAGAGGAGUAAAACCAGACCAUGAAACUUUCAUUGCUCUUCUCACAGCUUGUAGCCAUGGAGGUUUAGUUGAUAAAGGCUACAAGUAUUUCAACAGAUUGGCUGAUAUAGAGGGAAGAUUGCUCAUGAAACAGGAACUAUCAGAUACCACAUCUCAACAUAGCGAAGGUUGGCCUAUAAACAACCAAGGAAACUGUCCAUUCCGGGUUGUGAAUAGUGUUGGAGUUUGUAGAGAUUGUCAUUCGGUUAUGAAAAUCAUAUCUCAGGCCUGUGAUAGAGAAAUAGUUAUCGAGGAUAAUUAUAGGUUCCAUAGAUUCAAAGAUGGAUAUUGCUUCUGUAAAGAUUACUGGUGA